GGGAAUUUGAAUUUCUUCGUCACUCACUCGCCAUGGAGGAGUUCAAACAAGCAGCGACGGAGGUUUUACCGUCCUACCCGCCCGCAGAGAUGGGCCCCUCCAAGGCCAUGGAUCAGGCCGCGGAAUAUCUUGCGCAAAGCUCGACGUACCCGCCCAUGUCGCCAGAAGAUGAGAAAAGGCUGAUCCGCAAGCUGGACUGGAUUUUGGUUCCCAUGUUGCUUCUGACAGCGACCCUGGGUGCAGUGGACAAAGUGGCUAUCAGCACUGCGGCUAUUUAUGGAUUGGAAGAAGACCUACACCUUCACGGACAGCAAUAUUCUUGGGCGGGAUCGAUCCUUUCAAUUGGAUCUAUCGUCGGAAUGCUACCCUCUUCAUACCUCGUGCAACGUCUGCCAUCGGCAAAAUACCUAUCUUCGUGCUCGCUUGGGUGGUCAUGCAUGGCUCUCUUGAUCCCUGCAUGUAAGAACUGGAGUGGACUUAUGGCUCUGCGAUUUUUCAUGGGUUGCCUUGAGGCAAUUAUCGUUCCGUCGAUCAGUUUGAUUAUCGCCGGAUUCUACAAAAAGUCGGAACAACCCCCACGAAAUGCCAUUGUCUUUGCAGCGUUUAGCUCCGUCAUUAAUGGGUUUCUCUCAUGGGUGGUGGGGCAUAUUCCAGACUCUGCCCCCUUAGCCACAUGGCAGUAUUUGUAUUUGAUUGUCGGUUCUAUUUCUGCUGCGUGGUCCAUUAUGGCGAUUGUGUGGCUGCCAGAUUCUCCCAUGAAUGCCUUCUUCCUGACGGAUCAAGAAAAGUACUAUGCUAUCCAACGGCUAGCGGAGAAUAAGACAGGGAUCAUCAACAGAGAAUGGAAGUUGGACCAGGCACUGGAAGCGAUCCUUGACUUGAAGACCUGGACCCUCUUCUUCUUCAACAUUGCAAUCAACAUUCCAAACGGAGGCCUUACCACAUUCAGCGGCAUCAUUAUCGACGAUCUAGGCUUUUCUGCCGUAAAUACCUCCCUCCUUAACAUGCCCACCGGAAUCAUGUCGACUUUGGCAGCGUUUUUGUUUUCUUGGCUAGCCGCAAGAUGGACCAAUCGUCGAUGUCUUGUCACAAUGAUUGCAUGCUGUCUGCCUAUAGUUGGCUCGGCGUUGGUCUACUCCCUCCUACGAACGAAUAUUGGUGGCCAGAUGGUUGGAAUAUAUUUGCUCUAUACCUAUUUUGGGCCUUAUGUAGUCGGCAUCUCAAUGGCCCAGGCCAAUACGGCAGGCCAUACAAAAAAGACUGUACAGUACUCCAUCCUCUACAUUGGAUAUGGCGUGGGCAAUCUUAUUGGCCCCCAGACAUUUCGGGCCAGCCAGGCCCCUGCUUAUACUGGCGGAUUCGUUGCAAUGUUGGUCUGCUACUGUAUCUGCGUGGGAUUAAUGGCAGGCUAUUGGCUUUUGGUGCUCCGUCUUAACCGACGACUCCACGCCGAGGACUCGGAGGCGGGGGCAGUUCAGGAAGAUGAAAAGGAUGGAGCGUUUGCCGAUAGGACCGAUUUGCAGCAAAAGACCUUCAGAUAUACAACAUAA